AUGUGGAAGUUGGUGAGUUACUACGCUCUGUGCAUCUUUGUGUUCUCUCAGCUCCGUUUUGCGAGGGUUUGGGCAGACGAUGAAGUCAAGAUCGAGGUGGUGUUCCAACCCGAGACGUGCGAAAAAAGGAGCAAGAAAGGAGACCUGAUGAACGUCCAUUACGACGGAUUCCUCGCCAAUGAUGGAUCCCAGUUCUACUGCAGCCGAGACGACAAAGCCGGCCACCCGCAGUGGUUCAUCCUAGGCGUGGGACAAGUCAUCAAGGGCCUUGAUAUUGGGAUGGUGGACAUGUGCGUAGGGGAGAAACGGAAAGUAACCGUUCCGCCCAGCUUGGCCUUUGGAGAGAAAGGCAAAGGUCCAGUCCCACCCAACGCGACAGUGAUAUUUGAGGUGGAGGCCUUUGCAGUGUCCAGGGGUCCACGCAGCAUGGAAGCUUUUGCACAAAUAGACAUCGAUAAAGACCGGAUGCUCACAAAGAAUGAGAUUAAAGACUACAUAAAGAUGGAGUUUGAAAGAGAAGGCAAGCCAAAGGAUGAGUCCUACUACGAGAAGGUUAUCACCGACAUCUUCCGCAAGAGCGACAGCGACAACGACGGGAUCCUGAGUGCCAAAGAGUAUAACAUUUACCAGCACGAUGAACUGUAG